AUGAAAGAAGAGAGGAAAAGCAUAUGGAAUCCAGCUUUUAACAUGAGUAGUAACAUGGUUACUCCUACUAACUCAUAUACAGAUGCUAAUGGCAAUUUAAAUAAUAACAAUAGCGGGAAUAAUCAGAGUAGUGGCGGUUCGGGUAUAUCCUUGCAGCAGUUGCCUCCUCUGCAUCGGCAAGGCUUUAGGAAUCCAUGGUCUGAACCUCAAUCGCCAAAUACUACUUCUUCGAAACGACAAUCUACGUUUCAGCAACUGCCUACUACUUUUGAAGAGUCAUCAUAUGGAUUUAGUCAAUCGAAUACACAGUUUGAUGAUGAUGAUCAGUAUGGCCGGAGGAGAUCGAGUCUCGUAGUACCGCCAACAAGGGCUGCAGGACCGGAUCCAUUUCUCUACGAUCAAAAUUUCCAUCACCAUGGACAGCUGGAGAUGUUUGGGGCACAUGGACAAGUACAGGGUCACAUACAUUCGGAUUUUGGGCAGCAGUAUGUUCCUCAUGUUUCAGGUUAUAAUUCGGAGUUGCAGAGGAGGCAAAGUGUAGCUGUUGUGGGGAGCAUACAGUCCCAGGGAUAUCUAGAUCAGCAGCAACAGCAAUCGCAGCAGGAAAAACAGCAUCAACCCUCUACUUCACCUGGUCUCAAUUCCGUUCAAGUGAUACCGCCCCAUCGUAAAUUGAGCGCGUAUCCUCUUACAUCAAACACUUUUGGAGCCUCGACUUCCCAAAUACAACAGCAAUUGAGAAGUGGAUCUACCUCUGGACAGGUAGGUCUUGUUGCUAUACCGCAAAUGCGGAAGGUAACUGGUAAACAAGACAUGAAUCCUAUCAUAAACGCGAAACCAAAGUUUAGGCGUGCAUCGUUGCACAGUAAAACCAUCUCGCCGUUGAUUGCAUUAACCAAGUCACUAAUCAUAACAUACACUUUAUGUUCGGAUGAAUUUUCAUAUCAGACAUCGAAGAACCCAAAGAGACUGCUAACAAAACCAAGUGAAGGUAAAUUAAAUAAUGGACAUGAUAAUGUGAAUGGGGACUAUAUAUUGUACGUCAAUGACGUUCUCGGUAUGGAACAACAACGAAAGUAUUUGGUAUUAGAUAUACUUGGACAGGGAACUUUCGGACAGGUGGUAAAAUGCCAAAACAUGUUGACGAAGGAAAUUGUUGCGGUUAAAGUUGUAAAAUCCAAGCCGGAAUAUCUGAAUCAGAGUAUCAUGGAAGCCAAGAUUUUGGAGUUACUAAAUAAGAGAAUUGAUCCCUUGAACAAGCAUCAUUUCUUAAGGUUACAUGAUUCAUUUGUACAUAAGAAUCAUCUCUGUCUCGUGUUUGAACUGUUGAGUAAUAACCUCUAUGAAUUGCUAAAGCAGAAUAAAUUUCACGGUUUGUCUAUGAACUUAAUAAAGAGCUUCUGCAAACAGUUACUAGAUUCUCUAUGCGUCCUAAAGGAUAGUAAAUUCAUCCACUGUGACUUAAAACCAGAAAAUGUGUUGCUAGUGUCGCCCGAUAGGCCAGAAUUGAAGGUAAUUGAUUUUGGUUCUGCCUGUGAGGAAACGCGUACCAUCUAUACGUAUAUUCAAUCACGUUUUUAUCGAGCCCCUGAAAUUCUCAUGGGUAUUCCAUAUUCAACCAGUAUUGAUAUGUGGUCCUUUGGUUGUAUUGUUGCGGAGUUGUUUUUAGGUAUCCCUGUGUUCCCAGGAUCUUCUGAGUUUAACCAGAUAACGAGAAUAGUGGAUAUGUUAGGUGUGCCUCCGCCAUGGAUGUGUGAAAUGGGCAAGAAUACUUAUAACUUCUUUAAGAAAGUGGACCCUGCUUUGAAACAAUGGCAGUUAAAAACCGUCAAAGAAUACAACAAAGAUUUCAAUACCAGUGAGGAAACUGGUAAGCAAUAUUUUAAAUGGAAUAAACUUGAUGAAAUUAUCCGAAAUUAUAGAAUCUCUAAAAAGAUCAGCGGAGUACCGCAGCUGGUGGAAAAUGAAAUGCAAGAUAGGGAAUGUUUAAUCCAGUUUCUAUACGGAGUAUUAAAUUUAAGUCCUUUAGAGCGCUGGACCCCUCAACAAGCAUUGUUGCAUCCAUUUAUUACUGGACAACCUUUUGACAAGGAAUGGUAUCCUCCCGGAGCUUUACCGAAGAAAAUAAUUAGGCAUCCAUCUCUACCGGAAGGAACGACAAAAGAAUUGGACAAAUUGCAUAUGAGAGAAUAG